UGAAACUGAAAAACAUUGUCAAUUUAGUCCUAUCCAUCAUUGAUACUCAGUGUUUGAUUGUUUUGCUGCUGCGAUUUCUUUAUUUGUUGUUAUUGUCACUCCUUCUCAACAUCAAGUCACUAGUUUUAUUCUUUAUUUGUUGCCUACCAAGUGUUCGACAUAAAUACUCAAACAACCUAUAAUGUGUUAACACUCUUAGCACCGGGGGCGGAGCUUUGUAGCGACAGGGAGCCGCGGCCACCCAAAAAAAAAUUAUAGUUAAAUAACUAAAAUGCCCUUAUUAAAACUAAAAAAUUACAACAAUAUUUGAACUUAAUUCAGUUUUCUCUUUCUUCCUCUCCCUCUCUCCCUUUUGCUUACAAGUUACAGCCUUCUCUCCCUCCUCUAUAAUCAGAUUCAAGAAUCACGACAAACCGCGAGGCCGCCUCUGCCUGAUCGCUCCUCUGCUUGCCUGACUGUCUCCGUCGCUGUUCGUCUCUAUCGCCUCUCUGUUCGCCACAACCUCAUCUGUCUCCAGAUCGGGUUGCAGCUUUGUUCAAAAGAUGGUUGCUCUCAAAGACAUUGUGCCUGCAGCUCAAAACAACAUAGACACUAAAUUUAUAGUUUUGGAGAAGGGGAGGACAACACUUGAAGGGCAAAAUAAGAUGUGUUUGGCACUUGUAGCGGAUGAGACUGCUGCAGUUCAUUUUCAGCUUUGGCAAGAUGAAUGUGAUUAUUUUGAAUCAGGUGACAUCAUUUAUCUAACCAAUGGCAUUUUUUCAUACCAACGUGGUAACCUUAUAUUAAGGGCAGGUAAGAGAGGGAAGCUUGAGAAGAUAGGUGAAUUUACUAUGUCUUAUGUUGAAACACCAAAUAUGAGUGAGAUUCGUUGGAUUCCUGACCCAAAUAAUUCGAAGAUGUAUAUCCAGGAGCAUGUCAUAUCUCCUCAUUCCCGUAUUUUCGCUCCAAUUCUAUAGAUUUCGAUAUUCAUUUUUAAUGAAAUGGAUUCUUUGUUGUUACAUCAUCGCGCAUAACAAUUUUCAAGUGUUCAAUUUGUUUUAUGUCAUGCACUAUAGUUUACAGUGAAAAUGCGUGAUUUCGUUAUUGUAGGAAAUCUAGGCUGUAUUUUUAGUCACCACAAAAGUAAUGAACUUAUUGAUUAAGCA